UUCCCAUUCCUCCACUUGGACACUUCCGAUCUGUCUUUCUUCACCACCUGGUGCCUGCCAAACCAACUGCAAUACCGGGAAACGAACAAACAGCGACUCCCGUCCCGACCUCAAACAAAGGGCCCAGUGUCGAGUAAUUGCGAAGCGUAACCGGCAAGCAUCGUUUGAUACAAUCGGAUCGAGCGGGCAAUCCCCAAUCAACAAACGAGAUUCGAGACCUACCUACAGGACGCCUCUCAGCUACGCGGCGGAUUUAGCGAUCAUCCCUCCGAGACAACGCCAACAACACCAGUUCGAUAAUAUAUCAUCACCAUCAUUACGGCUACUACACUACACAUCCCCCGAGCGGGCGACACUGUGUAAUCCAUUUACAUUGUAUUAAUUCUCGACCAGCAUCUCACCUGCUUCCACUUCUGCUUACCUGUCACUCGUCCUAUUGUUCCACCCUCCCCGCCUUCGGAUCUCGAGAAAGCUUGCCGCAUUCCCGACCUUCCCCUUUCGCUCUCGACCGAGCCGAGUCAUCGACGAUUACGACACCGAUCUCCGAGGCCACAAUGUUUACGGUAUAAAACGAAAGCCUCUUUGACACCUGCAACACUCGCUUGGCACCCGAUAACAACAUCGCGCCAUCUCAAGUCUACCACACCGGUGACUAGCAGCUCGCCAAGCAAACAGCCGAGCUACCAUACACACACAGACAUAAUUUCCAGAAAAACCGUCCAUCACAAUGCCACGCACACGGCCCGCCACGACGGGCUAUGAGCGCCUCGCCCAAGCCGACCAGUUCAGCGACGACUCGGACACAGACCCCCUCGACUACAGCGUAGCCUCGCUCCAGCCCGCCUCCGCACCCCGCUAUGCAGCCAUCACGCAACCGCGCCCGCACUCGGGCAUGACCAGCCCCAAGAUGCCCGGCUCCUCGUCCCGGCCCCCAGGCGGAAGGAAGGGCAACCGGGGACCACGACAACGUAGCAACUCGGGCGUGGACCUCAAAGCCAUCAACGCGCGUCUGGAGCGCUGGGCCGAUGAGAUCGCCAGCAAGUUCAAGCGCGGCAAGAAGAAGGGCGGGGAGGAGGAUGAGCAGCUCGAGAUCCAUCAUACCGUGUUCCAAGCGCCCGAGGGCGUGAGGCCCGUCACCGCGGAGAUGCUGGCCAGGCCGGAGCCGGGGUACAUGACCAAGGCCGAGUUCGAGGCGAUUGUGGACAGUGUCAGGACGGCGAUUGAGCAGGGGGUGCAUCCGAGGAUGAUCUCCCAGGGCAGUUCGGGGAGUUACUUUGCAAGAAAUACCGAGGGCAAGGUGGUGGGUGUGUUUAAACCCAAGGACGAGGAACCAUAUGCGGCGGGUAAUCCCAAGUGGAACAAGUGGAUUCAUCGCAAUCUGUUUCCUUGUUGUUUUGGCAGGGCUUGCUUGAUUCCCAACCUUUCCUACGUCAGCGAAGCCGCCGCCUACGUCCUCGACGCCCAGCUCCGCACGCACAUGGUCCCCUAUACCGACGUCGUCUACCUCUCCUCCAAAUCCUUCCACUACCCAUUUUGGGACCGUUAUACCUACUCCCGGAGCAAGAAAUCAUUACCUGCCAAGCCAGGUAGCUUUCAGGUUUUCCUCAAGGGAUUCAAAGACGCCAACCUUUUCCUUCGGGAACACCCGUGGCCAGACCAGUACCUCUCCGGGUUCCGGACCAGUGAUCCGCAACGGAAGAAAAAGAAGCGUUGGGUGGACAGCUGUCGCCCCGGCAGCUCGCCGGCGGGCGAGGGCGACAGUGAUGACGAGAACAGCAGUCCAGUCUCCCUCACACCGGGACCAGACAAUUUUGUCUGGACGCCCACCCUGAAGCAGGCUUUCAGGGAGGAGCUGGAGAAGCUAGUCAUUUUGGAUUACAUUAUGCGGAACACGGACAGAGGCUUGGACAAUUGGAUGAUCAAGGUGGAUUGGGAAACCCAGGAGGUGUCGAUAGUGUCGGAACCGGUGCAUCUUAACACGAAUACCGAAGAGAGGGAAGAGGAGGAUGAUGCAGCGGAGCAAGGGCCUAGGCCGGUGGACCUGAGUCAAAGGGGGCCUCCUAAGACGAGGGCCUCGUAUCCUUAUAGGACGCAGAAGCCGAUGGAUGCCUCGACGUCGACGGGGGCGGCGAUUGAGGACCCGAAGAUCACGAUUGGCGCUAUCGAUAACUCUUUGUCGUGGCCGUGGAAACAUCCGGAUGCUUGGAGAAGCUUCCCUUUCGGAUGGCUGUUCCUACCAGUCGAUCUCAUCGGCCGACCGUUCUCCCAGAAGACACGGGACCACUUCCUCCCUCUACUAACAUCCACCGCCUGGUGGAGUCAAACACAACUUGCCCUUCGACGAGUCUUCCAGCUUGACCCCGACUUUCAAGAGCGCAUGUUUGCCAAGCAGAUUGCCGUCAUGAAGGGUCAAGCCUGGAACGUGGUCGAAACGCUGAAAACGCCCGACCACGGUCCCCUAGAACUGACUCGCCGCGCCAAGGUUUGCGUCUGGGACGACCUUGUCGACGUGCCCGUAGCCGUCCCCAUGAGGGCUCCCAGCGCCGAGAUGCGUCGCCAGGCCGCCGCCACUGUUGCCGCUGACCGUGAACAACACCAAGGACAAACUGAUUACUUCACGACCGGCAACAGGCACAAGACCACGAUUGACGAAGAAGAAAUGGACAUUGGCUUCGCGGGCAACUCGUCCAAGCCCGCGGUCGCUGAUCUCCUCGGUCUCGGCUCCAGCAACAACAUGGACCUUCCUCACCCCGGCCGCUUCGAGAUCGCCAGUCCCGCAACUAUAUACGACGACUACCCCCAAUCCCUACCAGAAGGCCAAAUCUCCCCUCCCAAUGGGACCACGCCAACAAUCGACCACCCCCUUGCCUCCCCUCCUGCUCGGCGCAGCGAGUCCGACAACCCCACAGCCACCCGAAAGCACUACCCUGUCUCUUUCCGCCCUCCAGCAGCGAAUGGUCUAAACAUGUACAACCCCGAACGCGACGGUUCCGCUGGCCCCGGCGCUACCGGCCAAGCAGGCUAUCACGAGCGCCGCUUUAGCUUCGCUACGCCCGCGAGCCGAAAGGUCGGCAACACCAUUGCUAGUCAGAUGUACAGCACUAGCUACUCUCACAACGCGCAUGCAAGGGAGUGGAGUCUCGAAGGAGCAGGGGAAGGCAUGUUUGGUGGUGGCUAUGUGAAUGUCGAUGGGGAUAUGGACGAGUUGGAUGAUGCCGGGGGAGAUUUGGGGUAUGCGGCGGCGGAGGGGAUGGAGGGGAAUCAGAGAAAGGUGAUUGUGGAGAGGCUGGAGGCUGUGAAGAGCAGGAAUCCGGUUUUUACUUGGUGUUAGACCGUUGGUGAUGGUUCUGCGGAUGUGAGAGAAACGAAAUGAAAUGGGAUGGGAUGGGAUGGGAUGGUCAGAGGACAGGGGAGAAAGAAGGUUGUUGGCAUACGUAUGCUAGAUACUAUUGAUGGAUAAACUCAUGUUUGGGGACUUUGGGAACUAGGUACUAGGUACUAUGGUGCAAGACAGGGCAAAAGGGAGAGAGAAGAACAGUUGGUGUGUGUUUGCCUACCCUACCGUCUGCGGGCCACGCUUACCGUGAGAAUUUCCCUGGUUGAUCCUUUGUGGAAUGUACGGUGUAGCAAGAGGAAACAAAGGCAACCUUUUUCUAAGAACGAGUGAUACUUGGAAUAAAAUGGCAUGCAAAUAAAUAAGUAGGUAAAAGCACCCUUUCUGUCUUCUGUAAUUUCCUAAUAAUACUCGUCAAGUCAUCGUUCCAGCUUAGAGAACAUCCCGAACUUUGUCUUCCC